GCAAAUGUUUCACACCGGUAAUGAUGUCAGAUCCCGGAGAGAGUUAAGAAACGUGGCCUUAGGAAAACGGGGCACGGAAGAAGAGUGCUAAAGGAGUCGUGUCUGGUAUUUUAAAAGACAGAUAUUGUGUAACCUUACACGUUUUUCCACACAGUUUAUUGAUACCUGGUUAUUACUCGCAAAAAUGGCCGAUGUCGACCAAGGAUCGGCAUUACCCACUGAAACAACUUCUCCGGGUUUGGAUAGCCUCAAUAAUGAUACUGUCUCCAACGGUACCGACUCCAUCAACGCUACUGUUACCAAGUUUGUUUCUACACCUGAAGGCACGGCACUUGCAUAUGGUAGCCUUGUUUUUAUGGCUCUGUUGCCUAUCUUCUUCGGUGCCCUGCGGUCCGUCAGCUGCUCCAAGAGCAAGGUUGCUGCAGAAAAUGAUAACGGUUUUCGGUCCAGAAAUUCCUCGGACAUGCCAGAGACCAUCACGAGCCGAGAUGCUGCCCGGUUCCCCAUAAUUGCCAGCUGCACCCUGUUUGGAUUGUAUCUCUUCUUCAAAAUAUUUUCUCAAGAAUACAUCAACUUGCUGCUAUCAAUGUAUUUCUUUGUGCUGGGGAUCUUGGCUCUGUCUCACACCAUAAGUCCUUUUAUGAACAGAGCAUUUCCUGCCAACCUUCCCAACAAGCAGUACCAACUGUUGUUCACCCAGGAUGCAGGGGAGACCAAGGAAGAAAUCGUCAACUACGAGUUUGACACCAAAGACCUGGUGUGCCUUGUUAUGAGUAGCGUGGUGGGAGUUUGGUACAUCCUCAAGAAGCACUGGAUCGCCAACAAUCUGUUUGGCCUGGCGUUCGCUCUGAACGGCGUGGAGCUGCUGCACCUCAACAACGUGAGCACCGGCUGCAUCCUGCUCGGCGGCCUGUUCGUCUACGACGUCUUCUGGGUUUUUGGCACCAAUGUCAUGGUAACAGUGGCCAAGUCAUUUGAAGCACCGAUAAAAUUGGUGUUCCCCCAGGACCUGCUGGAGAGGGGACUGGGGGCCAGUAACUUCGCCAUGCUGGGCCUGGGUGACAUCGUCAUUCCAGGUAUCUUCAUUGCGUUGCUGCUGCGCUUUGAUGUCAGUCUGAAGAAGAAUACAAGGACCUAUUUCUACACCAGCUUCUUGGCCUAUAUCUUUGGCCUGGGCCUCACCAUCUUUGUCAUGCACACCUUCAAGCAUGCUCAGCCUGCCUUGCUGUACCUGGUCCCAGUAUGCAUCGGAUUUCCUGUUCUUGUUGCACUGUUUAAAGGAGAACUGACUGAAAUGUUCAGGUACGAGGAGGCUUCCCCUGAACCCGACCAAGCACAGAAGGAGGAGACCGAGACAGAGAAGAAGGAGAAGUAACGACAGCCAUACCCCACACAUUUCUACAUUUCAUGAGCCCUGCCACAUUCUGUACCCACCAGAAGGUGGCGCUAAUGUUGCCGAUGUAUUGUGUUGUACUUUGGAAAUGGCUGAUACAUUAAAUAACUUUUCGACAUUGGA